AUGCCGCUACACCCGAUGCAAGUCGAGGACACGUCCCAAAGCGCAGCCAAGUCGCGGUUUUGCCCCAAGCAACGAAUCAGUCACACCAAGUCCCGAAAUGGUUGCUACACUUGUAAGCAGCGUCACGUAAAGUGUGAUGAGGAACGGCCAACAUGUGGCGCCUGUCUCAUUCGGGAGGAAGACUGCGUCUUCCCCAAUCCAGGAGACACAGGUGACCAGAGAAGGCGACAACCACCCUUCUCUCGACAGAGACUAUUGUCUGAAAGUGUUCAUCUCCGAGCGCGUGGAAAAGCACGGGAAGUACCGUUUCGCUCAUUGAAUUUCGAGGUGCCACCUUCCGAGGAAUCCCGAAAUCUUGGAGGUCAACCGAAAUCCAGCCUUAACAUGAAUGAUCUCAAUUUACUCCAACACUUUAUCUUGCACACCUCGAAAAAGAUGUCCCUGCACAAGAUAAAAACGGUGGUCUGGGAGCGUGUCAUUCCUGAGAUGGCAGCAGCCAAUGAAUUUUUGAUGCACCUUGUCUUGGCCCUGGCUGGCCUGGAUGUUUUGACUACUGGAGACGCUUGUGUCCAGAAUACUCAAGGUUCAUCUAGUGCUUCCAUGCCUGCAAGUGCCCCUGAUUUUGAGUCCAUCAUGGAACAUCAUCAACAGGGGCUGGCCGGACUACAGGAAGCGCUUUGCGCCACCAGUGAAUCAGAUGCGGAAUCUUUGCUAGCCGGGUCCAUGCUGUUGGUGGGCUUUGCGUUUGCAUCUUUGGGGAUCAAAGUUUUAGAUCCAUCAAUAUCUACAGAUCAGCAUACGUCAGAUUCCAGUCUUGGUGCUUUAUCUCCUCCUUUUGAUCUGACUAUACUCGACAUGCAAUGGCUCCACCUUGUUCGUGGUAUCACAUCUAUCCUGGACCAAUUUUCGCCAACCUUGGGGAAAUGUCGCCUCAGGGCGCUGUUACUUUACAAGAAUGCCAAUGAAGACUGGAAAAUGUGUGAAGCACAGAUGCACUCGAACAUAAUGCCUAGUUGGCACAUACGAUCAAAGAGACUUCAGAAGUUCGCUACGGGUGCCAAUCGUGCCGUCUCACACUUACGGGACGUACUUGCAGGGCUCCGUUUACGCAGUGACCUCCAAGAAGUAGCUGAGGGCUCGCCAUUGAGCGCAACCCCUCGCUCUGAUGAAAGUAGCAAUGGGAGUGAGGCUUAUCUGGAGACGUACGAACAAGCCAUAGGUGUGGUAGAGGAUCUCUACAUGAGAAUCAUUUAUGUUAUGCAAAUGAAACCACUUGCAUCUCACUCAUCAUCCGACCUCGAGCUCCAGAAGGAUCUUGAAGACGCAGCAGUCACAGGCUGGCCUUAUCUUCUUUCUGAGGAAUUCAUGUCUUGUCUAGAUUCGCACAGGAAUUUCGACACGAUACAGGGCGUGAGCUUGGUGAUCCUAGCACAUCUGUACUUGCCUAUCGCUAUUUUGGACGAGCUCUGGUAUUGUGGGAAGAGAUGGGAUGCAGAAAUUCGGAAGAUCAAAACUCUUGUUGUUGGUCUGGCUGAUAAGAAACUCAUCUCCUUGGUGGAAUGGCCAAGCGAUGUCAUUCGGGGAUGA